GAGCGAUUCCGAAAGGCAGGAAGAGAAUCGUUUACGCUAGAGGAUAUACCGAAUUGAAACUGGACUACUUACCGGCAGCUCCUGGUGUACAAGUAUGGGUCACUGUUUUCAUGAUGCUCGUUUCUGUCUGUCUCUCUCAAGUGUACUUCUUGGUCCAGAAUCUGACACAACGGCCGGUAACCUCCCGAUGCGAACAAGCCCUAAAAGGAUGAUCGAUCCCACCGUUCGAUUACAAACCGGACCAUCGGUUCGAGUCGUGUGGCGCUCGGGUGGAGUCGGGUGCGCACCUUCGGAUACAUAGGCUGACGUCACGACGCAAGAUGGCCGCCGGUAUUGGAAAUGGAGAGUAGCGCAGAGGCUGGGCGGUAGGAACGAACCGUAGGUGUGUCAGUGCUCGGCUUCACCGCGAUAAUGCCAUCGAAAUGCCGAUCGUUGAAGGCUGACCCGCGGCUCGCGCAGUGUUCAUACGCACGAUCGGGAUUGUUCCGUCGGCCGAGUCUCGGAUGGUGAGAUGUUAAAUCGCGAAUAUCCCGGAGGAGGGCGAAAUUGAACGGAGUGUGCGGUGUCUGAAACCCAACUACAUUCUGACCCAAGGAAAAACAGAGCGAGAGAGAGGAAGAGAGAGAGGGAGAGAGAUUAUAGAGAAUUCUUAGCGGGUACGUCGCGGGUUCUUGGCUGAUAGAAGCAGACCGCGUUCCGUUUGAACACGAGCGUGAAUUGUGUCUGAAUGAGACCGAGGCAGAAAGUAAACGGCAGCCUGUCCAGUGAUCACCCGGUGCUCCACGAUUCCCGACGAUUGUCAGACUCGCCAGCCCGGUUCCGCGAGAGAACCCCGUGGCCGUUGGAUCGGCAUUGACCCGUCCCGAUCGAAAGUAACUCGGCAUCGCCGCUUCGGGCUCUCGCAAAACAGACGAAAUGGAAAGGGAAGAAGGACUCGCGUGUCGGCUACUACUCGCGUAAGGGGAUCGAAGCGUGUUCCGUUGCGGUGCGUUCUCCGGCGAGGCCCCCCGUUCCUCACGAUCUGUCAAAAAGUUGCCCCCGAACGGCCGUGCUCCGCCACCGUAUCGAUCUAUCGGAUCGCGUGUGUGUCCAGGCCCCAAGUUUUCGAACCCCGCACCGAUCGAUUCGUUCCAAAAGGACUUACACCCGUUGCAACCACCGCACCGCCGGGAACGGCGACCCAUCGAUUAUCCCCGGCUGUAAACAACGGUACAGGCUCGCUUACCAGGGAAACAAGGGAGGAAGAAUGCUGGGUAUCGUGGUGAAAAUGAAACAUGAUUUCCGAUCACGGUGAGUUGGCCGGUAGCCGGCCAACCGUGUAUGCAUCCGACCGUAAACCGAGACACAAAUUCGAGCGAUGAUACCGCCGGUAUGUACUAGUUAACAGAGAAACGAUAAUCGUGAAUAGGUCUGCUUAGAGGUUAGGAUCUUUUUCCCCCCCGCCCGGUGAACGAAGAUCGUUAGAAUCGGUACGUGAUAAGAAAGGAAGAUAGAGAGGAACCGCGACAAGACUAGCAAGAGGGAGAGAGCGAGAUACAGAUAGUGGUGUAGAGAGCGAGCGAGCGAGAGAGAGUGAGAGAGAGAGAGAGAGAGGGAGAGCAAGAGUGUGUGCGAGAGUAAGAGAGACAGUGAGCGAUUACGAGAGACUAAGAGACAGAGAAACAGUGGGAAAAAGUAUAAGUGACAAAGAACGAGAGAGGAAACCUCGUGAAAAAUGACUGACUGCUGAAGAAGAUCGGAGACGGACUAGAAGGUAUCCGAAGAGAGGAAUACCCAGAGAUUAUUCGUGGUCGGUGCCAGUUUCUGAUUCACACGAUCCUUUGUUUUUGUUUUUUUUUCUGUCAAUCGUUCUUUGUUGCGUGCGGGCUCUGCCCAAGUGGAGUUUCAGUGUUGUUCUAUCCAGAGGGUGAGCAAGGAUAAUAUCAAGCAAGAUGUGGAAUGUGUGCGACGUGAUGCCGACGAUCGCGGAGGACAGUAUCAGCCAGCGGAGUUCGCAGUUCUCCGGCGAGGAUGCGAACUUCGAGCAGCUGAUGGUCUCGAUGCUCGACGAGAGGGACAAGCUGCUGGAGACGUUGCGGGAGAACCAGGCGCGGUUUCAGGAAACGGAGGCGCGCCUCCAGGAGACCGAGAAGGAGCGGGACUCGUUGAACCGUCAGCUGAACGCGAACAUCCCUCAGGAGUUCUCCCAGUUAACAAAGGAACUCGCAGCAGCCCGCGAGGGCAUCCUGGCAAGAGACGAGGAGAUAUCGGAGCUGAAAGCGGAGCGGAAUAAUACUCGCCUCCUACUGGAACAUUUGGAAUGUCUGGUCUCGCGACACGAACGAUCUCUCAGGAUGACUGUGGUGAAGAGGCAGGCGGUCGCUCAAUCUGGAGUAUCGUCCGAAGCCGAAGUGCUUAAAGCUCUGAAAAGUCUGUUCGAGCACCACAAGGCUUUGGAUGAGAAAGUACGAGAUCGUCUGCGCGUGGCACAAGAGAGGAACAAGAGUCUAGAGGAAGAACUAGCCAUUACCAAAGAUGAGCUCCAGCAAUACAAAUUGAGCGGGCACGCGCCUAAGGCUAUCGAGGACAGGCCGAAGGAAAAUGGACAAACGGAAGACGGCCAGCAACAGAACAAGAAUGAGACUGAGCAGGCAGCAGGCCAGCAAGAGCAGCCGCAACAACAACAGCCGGCGCAACAGCAACAACAGCAACCUCAGCCGCAGUCGAUACAAAAAUUAGGUACCGAGAGGUCGACAGAGACCGGCAGUAGACUGAGCAAUGGCAGUCUGGACCCAGCGGACCAGGAUUCAACUGCGCGUGUAAUAGAUUUGCAGGCCACCCUUGACAAACAGAGCUCAGAGUUGAGCACAUGGCAACGGCGGGUGGCAGAAUUAAUUGGACGUGUGGCAGAGUUAGAAGAAACCCUAUCGAAGGCGCAGAAAGACCUGCUGAAGACCCAAGAGAACAAUGUGAAAUUGCAAAGAGAUUUGCGUGAAAAUGCCGCCCAAAAAGUAGACCAAGAAGAAAGGAUAGCGACACUCGAGAAACGGUACCUUAAUGCUCAACGAGAGUCCACUAGUUUGCAUGAUUUCAACGAGAAACUGGAACAGGAGCUGCAGCACAAGAAGGCUCAGUUAAAGCUCCAAGAAGAAAAGAUAGCAGCUAUACAGGAGAAACUGGAACUGGCAGAACAGAAAUUGGCACAGUAUUCCAAGUUGCCAGAAAUGGAAGAGCAAUUAAAGCAGAGGAUGGAGGCUCUGACGCAGGUGAGGAGGCCCAACCAGGCUCAAGAAAGGCACGGCAGUGCGGAAGACAGGAUACAAAGAUUAGAAACGCAAUUAGAAGAAAAGAAUGCAGAAGUGAUGCGUGUCAACCAGCGACUUAAAAUGAACGAAGAACAUAACACGCGGCUUAGUACAACAGUUGAUAAACUCUUAUCUGAAUCGAACGAAAGACUACAAGUGCAUCUGAAGGAAAGGAUGCACGCGUUGGAAGAGAAGAAUGCUCUGACGCAGGAACUUGAAAAGACAAGAAAAAUUGCGGAAGAUCUCCAGAAUGAAAAGACAGAAAUAGUGAAGGAGUUAGGAAAAGCUCGGCUUGAAAUUGAUAACGUGAAGAAGCAGAUGCUUCAACAGGAAAUCGCAUUUAAUAUUCAACAGACGGAUGCUUUGACUAGAAGUUUAUCUCCCAAUGCAGUUGAUCCUGGAUCUUUCUGCAGAAGUGCGAGUCAUAGUAGCUUUGAUACGCAUUCUUUACCAAGAAGAACAGCCAAACGACCUGCACUUGACGACGACACGUCAAAAAAUUAUGUUGCCCGUACUCUAGCAGAACAAGAAUGGGAGAAAUUACAACAAGCACAUGUGCUUGCUAACGUACAGCAAGCGUUUGAUGUCUCCAGCGAUGCGGAAGGUGACGGAGACAAUGAAAGUCUCUUCAGCUGUGCAGCUGAUGUAAUUAGUCCGACAGGACACACGGAUGCCCAAACAUUAGCGCUAAUGUUACAAGAACAAUUAGAUGCAAUUAAUAAUGAGAUUAGGUUGAUUCAGGAGGAGAAACAAAGCACCGAAGCACGCGCAGAAGAAUUAGAAUCUCGUGUUGGUAGUCUUGAACAUAUGAAUUUAUUAGCGAGGGGACGAAGUCUUGAACGAGCGUCGCCACCACUAAGCGGACGAUCCACACCAAAAUCACAUCAUAGUCCUAAUCGGGAUUACUUGCAUAAGUAUCACACUGCACCAGCGUCAAUGUCUCCAGCACAUCUCCACCAGUACGCUGCCUCUUUAACUAGUCCAGGCCAACUUUCAGAAUCUCUUCCUGCAAGCCAGUUACAGUUAUCAGGCGAAGAAUUGCAUUCAGUGAGUGAAAGAGACAGCACUGGUGGUGCAGGAAGUGGUGGCAGCGAUGCGGCAUCACCAUUAACCGCUCGAUCACUCAGGUUGGAACGCGUAGUACAGGCACUUGCUCAUAGUCAAGAGGAGCUCAAAAGGCGCACUGGACAGACUGGAUUUCCCAGCAGUGGUUUUCCUGCUCACAGGUUAAUUAAAGAUUGUAGUACUGCAUGUAAUCCGCAACGUAUGCCGCUGUGCACGACAUAUUUGAGUGGUCCAUGUGGGCAUGAAAUGAACAACCUUGAGGUCGACAUAAGUGAUAUCGAUGGUAACAGGAACCUUUUUGUACCUUUUGCUUGUCUGUUAUUCUUUUUGAUCUUGUUAUUUCGAAAGAAACCGAUGAAUAGUAUGCACGGUAUUACAUACAUGCCUACAGCCCCAAUUUUCGAGCACAGUGGUACGGACGAAUCAUCUGAUAGAUCUGAUAGAAAUGAGUCCCCGGGAGAAACUGAUAGUAGCUUCUUCCACCCAUCGUACAUUCAAGCCUGCCCAGUUCACGACAAACAUCGCUGUCUCAAACAAACGAGGGAAUUUAGGCAGCCAAGAGAAUUGCAUCGAAUAAACACUGCGUCUCGAUCUCCUGCCCGAAUAAGCUAUAUUUCCAGGUUUUUAUGCCUUGCCUGUAAUACUGAUAGCCAGGACAGUUUGCACAAGAACAACUUGUCUGGUGUCGGAUUGCCAAUUGGACAGCUGUCUAGUUCCCACUUGCACAUGCAAGCCACCAUGAGUCCAGCUACGGCAGCAGCAGUGGCUGCAGCUCAAAAGAAGAAAAGUAUUAAGAGCAGCCUUGGCAGGUUCUUCAGUAAGAAAGAGAAGAUAAAAGGAAAAGACACGCCAAUGCCCGGAGAUAUGACAGGAAUGGGAGGAGCAAGUACACCUGCUGAUCCUGAUUACGGUGAUAGCGUAGCUGUAGCUGGAACUAUGGGCAGCAAGAGUGACUUUGAUCGUAGGAAAAAGAAAAGUCCUAGUAUGUUUGGUAGUAUGUUAGAUUCCUCGCGCCAUGAACUUCUGGCAGAAGCAAUGAAAGCUGGAACACCCUUCGCUUUAUGGAACGGACCAACUGUGGUGGCUUGGCUUGAACUCUGGGUUGGUAUGCCUACUUGGUACGUCGCAGCUUGUCGUGCCAACGUCAAAAGCGGUGCAAUAAUGAGUGCCCUUAGUGAUACCGAAAUACAACGUGAAAUCGGUAUAAGUUGUCAUCUCCACCGAUUAAAACUCAGAUUAGCUAUCCAAGAAAUGGUAUCACUCACAAGCCCAUCAGCGCCAAAAACUUCUCGCACAACCUUAGCAUUCGGUGAUAUGAACCACGAAUGGAUUGGUAAUGUUUGGUUGCCAAGCCUUGGAUUGCCUCAGUAUCGAUCCACUUUCAUGGAUUUGCAGUAUGGCAUUUCCUGUUUGAAGCGACUGAAUUAUGAUAGGCAACAAUUAGAAGAAAGAAGACAAAUGGCAGAAGAUGCCAACGUGGAUGUUCUUGUGUGGAGCAACGAUCGCGUUAUAAGAUGGGUUCAAUCUAUCGGCCUGAAAGAAUAUGGGAACAACCUUUUGGAAUCGGGGGUACAUGGAGCGCUUAUAGCCCUUGAUGACAGUUUCGAUGCGAAUAGUUUGGCCCUAGCGUUGCAAAUCCCAACACAAAAUACACAAGCUCGACAAUUAUUAGAAAUGGAAUUUGCAAAUUUAUUAAGGGUAGGAACAGAAAGGCGACUCGAUGAAGCGAAUAGUAUGAAAUCCUGAUCCAACUUAUCCAGCAGGCUGCCUCAUCUUCAACCGCAUCACGUCUAGUCCAAACCCCAGCUAUUACUACUCUCUGUGCGCAAGUGUGUUGUAAAAGUUGUAAGAGCUUUAAGUAUCAUUCUAAGGGUAUCUUCAUACUGUUAAGAAUGUAACAUGCGGUCAUAUGGAGUAUUUAUUUCGAGCAUAAAUUGUUAAAAAAAAUGAGGGGCCGAUUAUAUAUCGUAUGUUCGAGACGAAACUUUGAAGGCGUUUUAUCGAUUUUUAUGUCGCGCGCAUAGGCCGCAUGUUACGCGUUUCUAUAAAGAAUAAUUCUGAAUCAAUUGCUCUCGUAUAGAUACCGAAAUGCAGUGAGCGGUCAGAAUAUUGUGCGAUCUAUAUAAUUUUCCUCGAAAGCCAUAAGAUCAGUUAAUAGGUAAUUACGACAAUAAUUCUAAUUUAUUCUGAUUUUUUAAGGACGGUGAUUUUGUAGAUUGAAAAUGUGACGAUAGUUUGUAAAACAUUUCCUCGACGCAAUUACAUAUUUCUUAUACUAUAUUUGUCUACUUGUACUGUAUAACAAAUAGUCGAAACAAUAUCUAUUUUGAUACCAUUUACCGCACAAAGUAAGAAAUCCUGAAAUUACAUAUAUUAGUGCCAUUGCUCUCGAGGAAACUAUUUAUGUACAAGGGAAAGACUGCGUUCUAUAUUUCUGCAUCUAUAAGACAGUGACCUAAUACGCCAUAUGUAUAUGUAUAUGUACAUAUAUAUACAUACGAGGAAAACGUAUAUAUGUAUAUAUAUAUGUAUUUAUAUAUGUAUUACUUUGCACAGAAGGAGCGUGAGAAUACUUGUUCUCCUCUGUUAUUUCGAUGAAUUUUAAAUGUUUGUAGAUCACAUAUAAACACGUAAUAUAUUUAAAACAAAUACACCGACGCAACUAUUAUAAUUAGAUUAUCAAAAGGGAAACCAGUUGCAUGGACGUGUUUGAAAGGCUCGCUUUUUAUUUACCGUGGACUAAGGACAGACAUUUUAUACCAAAAUAUUCGCGCAAUAUAUAAGUACGUGUAUGAAGCGUUAGUAGAUGUUAUACGGUUAAGGAACUUUGUAAUUUUAAUUGGUAACGGAACUAUCGAUCGAUCAAGCGUGUAAGGUAUCAUUUAUCAUCGUUUCUCAUGUUUCGUACGCAAUUGUAAAGGAAGUAAUCAUUUCUUCAUUCCGCUCUCUAGCAUUUCUAGCUCUGUUCGUUGACUCGUCAUCGAUAGGUCAUCCGUGUGUAUUUAUAAUUCUGUUCAAAAGUUCCAGAGUGAUUGAUUAUUACUAGAUUUGAUCGGUAGUGAGUGAGAAUUCGCGUGAACGUUUAUUGUAAAUGCGAAGAGAAGCUAAUGAAGCUAGUGAAAUAGAGUGAAAGAUGGCCAUAGGAAGAAGCGAGAAAGGAUACGCUGACAAUGGCCAUAAAUAAUUAACUGUAACAGUAGUGACGAUGUUGCUGAAGACAAUGAUUGCUAUGAUAAUUAGAAUUACCCAUUACAAAUGUUAUCGAGCUGAAGGUGUGGCGAAAGACUGAGACUUAACGACAGCGACUGUAACGACAUUUAAGAAGAAAAAAACUGAUCACGAUAGAGACGAUCACAAUAAUGAUGAUAAGUUAUAAUGGGA